AUGACGUACAAGGCACAGAAGAAGGGUAUUACAAGAGCAGUCCUGUUACUCGGCUUAUUUGUGCCGUGGGAAACCUUUAUGCAAUCCACUAGUCCCGAUCCAGGUGACAUCUGGGAGAGAUUAUACACCGACAUGCCAGGUCGGGUUAAGGCUGUGGCUAGCCGGAGCGAGGGCGAUGAAGGAUACGAAUUUGAUGUGCCUGAGGAGGGCUUAGACCUUUCAGAAGAAUGGCACCCAGAUAGGAUAGACCUGCGGCACACCUUUCACGAUGUAGUCUUCAGCCUACAGGACGGACCAGGAGUUACGAAUGGUUCUCCAGGCAUAAAAGAGUUGCUACAAACGCUGGAUAACGCCGGGUUUUCUAGCAUAGAUGACGACUCUAGAAUACAAAGCACCAACAGUCAACCACAUAUGCAAACAACACUACCAAAGCAACAUUUAAAAAUCACCAAAGCGGCGCAGGAAAGACUCCAUAAAGAGCGAAUGCUAGCCAUCGAAGGGGAUGAAUCCGCCGAAAGACCCCUACAUACCGGUGCCGAAACAGGCUUUGGCGACAACGAUGCUAAUAUAGAUUUCCCAGCCCAGCCAGCGAUAGUUGGACUGAAACCUGCUUCAAACUGGAUCGCAAUUACGGCCGCUAAUACGUUCACCCAGGCAGGGAAGAUUAUCGGUGCGGAGAGAACAUUAAAUCGCAUGCAGGGAAUAGCGCUUAGUCUCAUCUGCGAGGCGCUCGACGAACGAACAAACGGCGCUGAUCGGCAACACCUGCAAUACGUUGGCGGGGGAGGCGGCACUGGAAAGUCGUGGCUUAUCGAUACCGUAAAAGAGGUUUUCGCAGCCAAAGGGGCGUCCAGCCGGCUUGUUAUUACGGCAACGUCGGGAACGGCCGCAGCAGGUAUCGGCGGUAAUACAAUUCAUUCUGCUGUAGGGCUGGCAUUUCGGGACGCCGAUGGCGCUACCGUAGAACCAAUGUUAUCGAACAAUCUAGAGAAAGCCAAAGAACGAUGGCGCAGGCGGGAUGCUCUGAUAAUCGACGAGGCCAGCAUGCUCGGACUCCAAACAUUAUAUAAUAUCGAUCAAAAGCUCAGAAUGUUAAGGGGCUUCCCAGAGAAGCCUUUUGGUGGCAUUUCUGUCGUCGUGUUCACUGGAGACUUCUUACAGUUCCCGCCAGUUUUGCAGAAGAGCCUCCUUAGUACUACCGAACGAAUUAGUAUAGUGCUAGGAAAUAUAAGACCGGGAAGCAAAGCUAUAGAGAGACGCUGGAAAGAGGCUAAAGCUAAAGAACUCUGGCAGGGGUUUACUAAUGUUGUAGUACUCGACGAGCAAAAACGGGCUGAAGGGGACGCCUACCUGCUUGGUUUUCUUGAACGCCUGCGAGAGGGCAAGCAGACAAGAGAGGACGCCGCGAAGCUCGAAGCGCAAUAUAAUAGCGAAUCGAAAUUCGAUUUCACCAGCGGCAGGCGAGCUGUUAUACCUCUAAACCGACACCGGUGGGAUCUGACGUUGCAUGCAGCCCUAGCAUAUAGCGUCGAUACUGGUCGUAAGAUAUCGAUAUAUCUUUCGAAGCACAAGUGGGAAUCGCGGAUACCUACAGCAGAGGAGAGAAAAGCAGCCAUGCUAUUAGGCGACGAGGGCAAGCUGAGCGCAGCUGGUAUGUUCCCUUAUGUCGAGGGUAUGCCGGUGGUAAUCAACGAGAACAAGUAUAUGGGUCUCAAGGUUGUCAACGGCGCAGAGUUUACAGCCGUAGGAAUUCUUCAUCCGCCCGGAGUAGAAGAGAUCAUCAAAAACGACAGGCUGUCCAUAUUUCUCGGACCGCCUAGUGGUAUUAUUCUCCAGUCCGAAGAAACGAACGGGUUAGCUUUCCCCCAUCUGCCACCUAAUACUGUAAUGUUGCCAGCAGCCAAUAUUCGAGUACCAGAAAAGCACAUCAAAAUACUCCGGCCAGAUCUGCAGAAAGCCAAUGUAAAACUGGCGCUAGUCCGGACAGGGCUCCCAUGCACACCAGGCUUCGCAUUAACCGACUUUAAGGCACAGGGGCGGACACUCGAAAAGACACUGUUAGGGCUUUAUGGGAGAACAGUGGGUAAGAAUACGGGGGAGCUUGAAAGAUGCGAUGCAGUAAGCAUGUAUGUUCAGCUAUCCCGCGUGCGGCGCUUUGAAGAUAUCGCUCUCAUACAGCCGUUAAACGUAAAGCAGUUCCUAGAGGCGCGCAUGCCGGAGGAGCUAGUCGAAGGAACCAAAAGACUAAGGAUCCUCGCGGAAGCAACAGUCCGGGCGUUCGAGGCUAGGGAGAGAGAUGAAGCAUAG